GAUUAUAUUUGAAAAUGUCUGAUAAGAAGGAAACCAAGAAAAACUUGGAAUCUUCCAAGAGACAAGCACAUGGUAUAUCCAAAGAGGAACAAUCUGAUAAUGAUCCUGUCUCUCAUAUGUCACCAGACUCAACGAACCAAUCUUCACGACAGAGUGAGUCUCCUGCAGUAACAACUACAGUAGCUGGAACUAAUCAACCAGAAAGUAUAGUUAUGUGCGCAGCUGACACCGCAGGGAUUCAUGAACCAGAAAUUACUGAGGCAAAUGCACCUACUUCCAGAUCAAGGCUUUCUACUGCAACAUCGACCAUGUCAAAAUUCUAUAGAAGUCUGAGUUUAAGCCCAAAGAAAAAUAACGACUCUAGUCAAUCUCUUCAAAAGUCAGGUUUAUCUGUAAAAAGCGCUGCUUCAACCUUAAGAGAUGCUAUGACAGGCGCUGCUUCAAGCUUGAAAGGCGUUGUGACAGACGUUGCGAUAAGCGUAAAAGGUGCUAUUAUGCCUAGUCGUCUGUCUCCUGAGAGAUCUUCUCUAGUUGUUACAGGUUCAGAAUGUGAACCACCAGCAAAAAUCGCGAAAAAGGAAUUUUACUGUGCAAUCCCUACAUUUGUUGAUCGUGAAACAAAGCCUAAAGCAAGUGGUAAUCUCACGGAGAGUACCUCUUUUACUUCAUCAGAUGUUGGCUCUUCUUUAGAGACAGACGAAUCUCCAGGUGAACAAACUUCUCCAACAGAGGAGACUCCUCUCUUACGAACUAAUAAAUUUCCUCCUUCAAAGGAAAAAUCCCCUAAAAAAGAAUAACUACUUUAAGAAAAAUGAAAUUUCAGUAACAUUUUGUACGAUAUUUAACUUGGUAGUGCUUCAGUCACUUUUGAAAAUUUUAUAGUUCUUCUGCUUGAUAUUACUUUUUUUAAUAAAUUAAUUUUUUCAUGCUGA